CCCCGCUUCGGCGCGGAUUACGUUGCAGAACAUGUCAGCGGCGGCACAGACGCCCAUCGUCGUCUCCCUCUUCUCCUUCUUCUCGCCGUCAAGUUUGAUAAAUAUCUGCACUUUCCUCGCAUCAUCCCCGCCUAUACAGUCGCUUUUUUCGCCCUUUAAAUAUGGUGAAUCCGAAGGCUUAUCCGCAUUUCAUAUUAAAGCCUGCGGAUUCAAACAGCGCCAUCGCAAUACGAACGGGCUUCGCCAACUCGCUUCUGGGUAUCGCUUCGCUGGUCUCUCUGUUCGAUUCCCUCAGCUCAGCGUGUAACUCAUUUGUUGCUGCUGCAACUUUUACGUAGAUCUUAUGGCGUCAGCUCAGGUGUGCACAAGCUAUUUUCUUCAGCUCCUUACAGGAAACAGAACCUCCAGUGCAUCAGUCUGCAAAAUGUGCAAAUGUACACAAGUUGCUUUGUUUGAGGUUAUAACACGUCAUCUAGGAUAACACAAUGGCUUCUCUGGCAACAGCCGAAGUCUGCGACUCAAACGCGUCCGUCGUAGCAAGUGGCGACCUGCGCGUGCUGCAUCCAGUAUUCCAGAUAUACGGCCAGAAGAGAACGUUCUCCGGUCCCAUUGUCACUGUCAAGGUAUUCGAGGAUAAUGUCCUGGUUCGGGAGGUGCUUGAAACCAGAGGCGAAGGGAGAGUGUUGGUCAUUGAUGGCGGAGGAAGCUUGAGAUGUGCACUGGUGGGUGGGAACAUCGGACAGUUGGCUCAGAACACGGGAUGGGCUGGGAUUGUUGUGAAUGGCUGCAUUAGAGAUGUGGACGAGAUCAAUGAGUGCGCGAUCGGCAUUAGGGCCUUGGCUUCGAAUCCCCUGAAAUCGAGCAAGAAAGGGGUCGGGGAAAAGCAUGCCCCUAUCUACAUCGCCGGCGCACUGAUCCGCGACGGCGAAUGGUUGUAUGCAGAUAGUGAUGGGAUUCUCGUCUCCAAAACCGAACUAUCUGUUUGACGCUUAAAGAGAACCUUUUCUAGGGAGCAUGAGUCGGCAAGAAAUUGAACUUUACCAAUUUGAUUUCUUCUCUCAUUGAUUCCACAUUUGGGAGUGGUCAAAGCCAGUGGGCAAGAACUUUCAAGUUUGUUGUUACAUGCUGAAUGUUGUGAGGCACUCUCAAUGAGAGCUGGAAUAAAACGAAAAUGAAGUUUC